AUGUCCGUCGUAGAUCGGUUCCGCGAGAUCCGGUCGUCGGAUAGGUUCACAUUGGUGGCAAUGUGCUUCGCCAUCUUCACUGAUACUUUCAUCUAUGGAAUGAUCGUUCCAAUCCUUCCAUAUCUGCUACUUGAGAAUGGUCAAAUAUCGAAAGAAGAAGCGCAGAAAUGGACAUCCAUACUCCUGGCUGCCUAUGGGGCAGCAUUGCUGGUGGGAUCUCCGAUAAUCGGCUUCGUCAGUGAUCGCAUCCACUCGCGACGAUCACCUCUUAUCUUUGGGUAUCUGACGAUUGCUGCUUCAACUUUCAUCUUCUUAUUCGGACGCUCACCUUCUGUGCUCAUUGUGGCAAGAGUGUGCCAAGGCCUUUCUGGGGCGGUGAUCGGGGUUCUUGGUCUUGCCAUGAUUGCAGACAAGGCUUCCCCGGAGAAUAUAGGAGAAUUCAUGGCAUAUAGCUCUCUUUCUUUCACGUGGGGAAUGUUGAUCGGGCCUGUUCUUGGUGGUAUCCUGUUCGAUCACUUUGGCUCGGCUGGCGCCUUCGGGCUGCCAAUUGCCAUGUUGGUGGUUGAUAUCAUUCUUCGGGUCCUGAUCAUUGAGAAAAGCAAGGAUUCAGCCUGCAACGAGGUCGCGGAAUCUUCGCGCGAAACAGAGACUCCUGCUUCCCCCCAGACAGAUGAGCAAACCCCCUUGGUUGCGGCUCGAAAGCCCUCUAGUGGGCCCUCUCUGUCUUUCCGCAACUUCAUCGAUACUCGUCUUAUGACAACGAUUCUUGUCGAGAUUACCAUAUCAACUGUGUAUUCAGUAUUUGAGACGACUUUACCCCUGUUUACGAUCGAAACCUAUCAAUGGUCUCCAACAAAUGCUGGACUCGUGUUCCUAGGGUUGACCCUCCCUAGUUUCCUCAGCAUUCCCCUAGCGACAUUUACCAGCAAGCAUGGCUGGGAUCGGCGGAAGAUCGUCGCUAUCGAGCUUAUCGUCAGUUCGCUUCCUAUGGCAGGACUCAAGUGGACUGAAGGACCCACACUACAGCAUGAGCUCCUUUUUGUCGUACUAAUAUUCCUUGUGGGCUUGUUUAUGACUACUUGUCAGGCGCAAACCAUGGCCGAAGUGUCGGACUCGGUUCGCCAGAUUGAGGCAAGACAUGGAAUUGACACAAGCAAGAGCAGCGGAAUGGGCACCGGCUUUGCCUUCUGCAACAUGGCUAUCGCGGCUGGACAAUUCAUUGGGCCUCUCAUAGCUGGUGUGACUAGACUUGGGUUUGGCUGGAGUGUCAUGACUUUCAUGCUGGGGAUCUUGUCAGGUGGCGUUGGUCUUGUGUCGUUUGUUGUGAACACGAAGUAA